AUGAUGCACUCGAUUCUUUUAAUAAUAUUAAUCACAUGUCAAAUCUGUACAUCCACAGUUUUAUUUCGUCUAACAAGUAAAAAUCCAAAUGUUUCAAUCGAUUUCAGUUAUUUUCUGGGUACAAUGCACGUUUCGCAAAAUUUUAUUUGGCCUUAUCUUACAAAUGAAACAAUGCGAAUCUUCAACGACAGUGAACAGAUCUGGUUCGAACAUGAUUUUACUGAUCCAGCUGUCACUAAACAUAUAUAUACAUGUGCAGUUGAUCGAAUGACACCAACACUAUUAUCUCGUAUCCGCACAAAGACAUGGCCAGAAUUUCUCAACGAAACAUCAAACAGUCUUUUAUCAAAAUCGAAUAAUACUGAACAAUGGCGAACAUGGUUCAUAAAUAAGCAAACAAAAACGAAUAGUUAUUUUACACGUAAUCACUCUGUUGACAGUGAUAUUAUAUUUGAUCAUCGAUUGGUUCUCGAAGCCUAUCGACAGAAAAAGUUCGUUGGUUCACUUGAACCGAUUCCGAAUGAUUGUUUUCAAAUGUCAAAUCCAAUCAAUGGAACAGAUUCGUCAAAAUCAUCGGAUUCGAAACAAAACGAAUUUCUUUCUUUUCUUUAUAAUUGUGAUUUAGUUGAUAGUGAUUUUAUCAAGACACUGUACAAAUAUUUAGAUAUAAUUAAAAUGAAACAUCGUAAUGAGAACAUCAUAAAACAAAUCCGAAAAUUAUUACAAAAUAAUUCUCAUACAAAGUAUCUUUUUGCUGUUGGCUCAGCUCAUCUCUUUGGAAAUAUCAGCAUUCUUCAUAUGUUACAAGAACAGUAUCCCAAUGAAUAUCAUAUCCAACGAAUAAAUGUGACAAGUCCAUAUUUUACGCAUCAAAAUUGUUCAGAUAAUGAAUUUCAACGAUUAACCAAUAAAAUGAAUCUACGUGCAAACCAGACGUUUGACAAAAGAUUCAUCGACAAUGAACAUUUAUAUCAAUUAGCUGCAUCAUUUUUCAGUUAA